CUCAUGACGAGUUCAAGCUCCAGCCUUGUUUUUUUCACUUCAGAGUUGAAGAGAGGUCACCAGUGUUAACAGGCUGUUUCGUGUGCCUGUUCUUCCCCACAUCUUCCUCCCCUCAUCAGAACACCAGCAAACAGAUUUUACAGGGAGGCCUUCUGAAACAUAUUCAUCAUGAUUUUUCAAGCACUUUUUGAUUGUAUGGACUUUACUGGCUGGCUGUUGUUCAGUUUUGCAGUGUUACUUCUGACAAAUGUGGUCAGAAACUGGAGGCCACACAGCUUUCCACCCGGACCCUUGGCGCUGCCUUUUCUAGGAAACAUCUUCACAGGACUUGACUUCAAAACAAUGGACAAGCUUGCUCAGGAGUACGGUCCAGUGUUCAGCUUGAGGAAAGGCAACGAGAGGAUGGUGUUCAUUUCGGGCCACAAGAUGGUCAAAGAGGCUCUUGUUAACCAGCUGGACAGCUUCGUUGAUCGACCUAUUGUCCCUCUCUUCCACGAAACCUUCAAGGGGAUUGGCAUAGCUCUGAGCAAUGGUUACCUUUGGAAGCAGCAGAGGAAGUUUGCCACCACUCAUCUGCGUUACUUUGGAGAGGGCCAGAGGUCGCUGGAAAAAUACAUCGAAGUGGAAACCAACUUCCUCUGUGAAGCUUUCAAAGAGGAACAAGGAGGACCAUUUAACCCCCACUACAUCAUAACGACCGCAGUGGGUAACAUCAUAUCGUCUGUGCUCUUCGGACAUCGCUUUGAAUACAGUGAUCGAAGCUUUCGAAAGGUUCUGGAGUUGGACAAUGAGGCCGUUGUGCUCACCGGCUCUCCUCUGGCUCAGCUGUAUAAUGCGUUUCCUGGCUUGAUGAAGCACCUGCCAGGACCUCACCAGUCUAUCCACAACAACUACAAGGAGAUCCUGGCUUUCCUGAAAAAGCAAGUAGAGAAGCAUCAGGAGGAGUGGAACCCUGAGGACCCUCGUGAUUAUAUCGAUGUGUACAUAGCAGAGAUGGAGAAGGUAAGAUCCCUCCCUGGGAUCCUGACAAAGGAUAGGUUCACAAUGUUUUCACAUUUGUCUUAAAACAAUCGCCAGGUGCCGAUAUAAAACUAUAGAUGCAGCUGCAUCGGUCAGAACUACUGACGUGGUAUGAACAGUAAGAAAGACUCUGAAAAGGAGUAAAACAACUAUGAGACUCAAAAUGACUACAAAGAUACACAUUACCACAAAGACACAAAUGACCACAAGAGAAACAAAAACCACA